AUGGUAAACUUAGCAAACAUUACAAGUAACUAGCAUGUUGAUAACAUGGAGCCAUAAAGCGCCAAUCAUUUAAAGAAAAAGGCCAAUAAAUAGUUGCCUUUGUGGAAGAUUUUUAGAUGUUGGAACAAAUUUAACUUUAUAAUCAAUGAUAGAGAUCAGCCAAUGCAUUUCAAAUCAUAAUCAAUUAAUGUUUAAGUUCAUGACAUGAUAGCUAAAAUUAACAUAUCAUAAGUGUUCCUUAACAAAUUAUAAGAAGCAGUUGAGGCAACUUACUAAUUUCCCACAGACCCAGAUGUUGUAGUUUCGCGUUUGGUCAUUGAAAUGGAUGAUAGAGUAAUCGAGGGCAAGAUCAUGGAAAAAGAGAAGGCCUAGGAAAAAUACGAUGACGCCAUUGCUGGUGGUAAGGCAGCAAUUUGCUUCAAAUGA